GAACCAAAUAAAUCGAAGAUUGCUAGAUACUAUGGCACGGUCUAAAGGAAACCUAAAUGUAAUUGAAGAGAUCUAUAAAACGUUCCCAGCGUUCACUGAUGUAUUUUCAGAAGACACGUUUUACAUAUUUGUCUUCUUUUUUGUUUUGUCUACCAUUUUGGUUGCCUUUAUUCUGUCCAGGUUUAUUACCAUAAAGCCUGUAGAAUAGCAUUAUAAAUGUUUGUAUUAGAAAUGUUAUUAAAGUGAUAAAAAAAAAUGUGUUCCUAGAU